AUGGGUGUGGCCUGUCAGGAAUACUUUGACACCACCGGAGAGGAAGACAUUGGCGGCGUGAAUCCCGCCUUUCAGCAUGGCGAUCGCUGUGGCAAGGCCGAGAUUCUCACGACUGGCCUAAUCACGCGCGAUGAAGCCUCGGAGCUCUUUGAUAUCUUUUUCAACAGUUGCGCUCAACACCUGUGCAUACUCGACCCAACGCUAUACACGCCAACGAUGACACUCAAGAGGUCGGUCUUUCUCUAUACAUGCAUCUGUGCCAUCGCGAGCCGCUACUAUGAGUCGCCACUGUUGAGAAAGAGGUUGCGAACGAGGCCGGCAGAACAGCAGCUGUACCAUACACUGUCGAACAUUUGUGAGCGACUCGCGUCUGUCUGCGUCUUUCAGGGUCACAAGAGCGUCGAAAUUGCGCAAGGCCUCGCUCUCCUGUGCCUGUGGCGACGCCCUUGCCAACGAUUCGACUUUGACAACGCUUGGACGUUUAGCGGCUUGGCAAGAUGUAUGGCCACGGAUCUUGAUCUACAGCGCGGAGGACUUCUGGGCCGCGAGGGCAGGUUUGAUUCAACUUCACAGCAAGCUCAAACAAAAUCGCAACCGCCGACGUCGAGUCGGGAGCAAGAUAUGGAGACACUAAAUCGCCAGCGUUGUUACCUCCUAAUCUUUGCCAUCGAUCGGAGCAUGAGCGCCCAGAUGGGCAAAGCUUAUUUACUUAGAGAGUCUUCCCUCGUUCGCGGCUGCGAAAGUUGGUGCCAGCAGGAGCUAAGCGCGCCCUGGGAUGUGGCCGUUAGCGCCUUUGCCGACCUGUAUUGCAUCCUGUCGAACCAAAUCGAAUGUCUCAAUGCCUUCACCAACCGGACCUACGCGUUGAGCACGGCAAAUGAGCUACACAUGACACUGUCAACAUUCAAUGCGGAGCUUGACCGUUGGAAGCGCAAAUGGGAACAUCGAGGGUUAGUCCAACCCACGGAUGUGGACGACAUGGGCGGAGUGGAUUACGAUCCGUACGAGAAGUGGUCGACAACUGUCCUGGUGUCAAUUCGCAAGCAAUUCAUACUUCGACUCGAGUACGCCAAGCUCAUCAUAAACAGCUAUGGGGUCCAGCACUCGAUGAAGUCGCCUCUCGAGGCCGGAAGUCCGGGAAAAGGAUAUUUCGACAUCUGCUUUCAAUCUGCCAAAAAUGUUGUUCAGGCUGUUGAAGGAGAGAUGCGAGCGUCUUUGCGCUACAGUCCUGACAUUCAAGCUUACAACUUGGUGGAAGGAGCAGUCAAGGUUUUGGAUGAUAUUGCUGUCGAUAGUGACCAUUGUCCGGCCCUGUACGCCGCAUUUCUGCGCUCCAUUGUAGACUCGUACCAUGGGUUGCUCGGAAGCGUGAGAGAAGUCGGCAUUGAUAAAGGCAGCGACCACCAAGUCGACGCGCAAGGACGCAGCGACCACCGUCAUCGCAGGAGCCGAAUCGGCGCUGCCUCGUCCGGUGCUCUGCCAAUAGCCGAGAUUGGCCAUGCCGACGGUCAGAAGACUCCGUUUGCAUCCGACGCGUGGGCAUCCUUCGAAUCGGAGCAGACUACUACAAGAGGUCUCGCGCCACCCCCUUUCCCGCUUACCAGCAUCACCUCCGUGGCGAGGUCAAACACAAUUUCUCCCUCCUCACCGUCCUUACUGCCGGAAGACUGCAACCACAGUACUGCAGCACUCAUGGGUGAACCUCGCCCAGACCAGCUGUCAGUGCCGCCUAGCACUCAAAGUGCAGUCUCGAACAGCUGCUUGGAGAAUGAUGCCUCGGCGAGAUUCACGAGCGUGAUGAGCUCGCUGCAGGAGUCAGAGCUCUCUUUGGAAUGCAUCCUCGACGAAGCAUACUGGUCAUCGCUUCUUCUUUUACCUCAGGGCGCUUCAUCUAGCUUUCAUUUCGAUGGGUACGGCGGCGAUGAAUUUGUACAGGCCCAAAGGGCAGCGUCCGAGCGCGACGCUUCCUAG